GUCGCCUCUCCCUCACAUCCUCUGAUCGAUACCAUGCAUCUCAAAACAGCAUUUACGGCCCUGCUGGGCCUGCUUAUCUCCGGAGCGAAUGCGCAUGGGCUGCAUGAAUCCCCAGUGAACCUGAUGAAUGUGGCGUACAAUGCUUCGAUAUUCAUUCUUCCUGGUGCUCAGUCCCCCGCCACGGUUUACAUUGCCAAAAAUCGGGAGAACGACGAUUCUUCUCGCGUAUGUGCCAGAUCCCGAUCACAGACACGCAGAGUCCCUGCUCAUCGCUCGGUUAUAAAGUGGCAUGAAUGGUACCUGGACUCGCCCAAUCGAUUCUACACCCACGAACACCCCAGGGACCUCCAAUUAUUAUGUAAAAUGGCUUCGAGGCCCCCUCCGGAGGCCAUCAAACCACCCCCUACCCCCCCUGAUCGGAGGCCAUCCUGGAGGCGCCUUCCUAAUUGGGAUGCUGCCUGGCCAUUUGUCCACUGCCUGUAUGGUAGGCUAGGGAUUGGCCUGAGUGCUGAUAUAUGCUGUAGUAGUCAGUAUAAAGCCUCAGACAAUGUCUUACCUCUCAAAAGCAUGUAUUUCUUGCUUGCAAAUGGCAGACCACUGGGUGCACAAAAUUCGGGAUCUGAGUACGUGAGCACUCCUCAGGUGCAUAGAGCAACAGUAUAUAUAUUAAUUCGAGAUUGA